CUUAACGGUUUCUUUCUGCUAGUCUGGAAAAAUAUUUAAUGAAAACCAAAAAGCCCAAAAUCUCAAAAUGUGAUAGGUGCAUGAAAAACAGGGGUUUUGUCUCUAAAUCUAAUAGUAAUGUGCAUCUUUAUAUGCCAUAAUAUUGCUCUGUUAAUUAUUCUUUAUUAUUAAGAACUCAAUGAGUCCAACCCCAAGAGAUCUUUUUGCACAAAAACAAUGAUUGAAGGUGCUCCAAAAAUGCUAAAAAGUCUUUAGAAUCUAAAAAUGCUCUUUAGUGGCACUGAUGUUUCUCAUUGCUCAAAAGGUUCUUUAUCUACCUUAAAGAAGCUGUAUAGCAAGUUAUAAAAGAAUGCGGCGACGACAACGCAAGAGCAUUAAAUCAGCUGCUAAACAUAUAGAUCAGGACUGCGUGAUGUUGUGCUAUUUCUACUGAAACCUGGUAUUACUGAAUGAUGAGUUCAUAGUGAUGUGCCUCAACACCAAAGGUGGGAAGGGAGUGGUUAAGGAAAGCUUGGUGGAACAGGUUGAACAGACUUGUCACUUUUACUUUCAUAAUCGGUCCAAAAUGGAUUUAUUUUAGAGUUCUUCGAACAGACUAUUUUGUUGCUUCAUUUAUUUCAUUCAAUCCUCUUCAGCAUGGCAGGGGCACACAUAGAUGAACUUGGGCGUCCCGCAGACCCGCGAGUCAAGCUGAGGUUCAUGGUGCUUGGAGGUGACGAUGCUCUCAUGGAUAAAGCGUGUGCCGCAAUCCUGGGAGAAAGAGACGACGGGGAUGCCUUUCGAUUCGGAAAUCUGAAGCCCAGGAAGGCUCAAGUUUGUGGACGACAGGUUUCUGUAUUAAAAACACCGUCCUAUUGGCUGGAACACUUGAAAUCGUACUACAUUUUCAUCAACGGAGUCAAAUUAUUGUUACCCGAGCUGCAGUUCUUUGAAUCACUCCUGUUUCCGGGGUCUAAUGCCUUUUUGUUAGUACUUAAAAAUGUGAAAAACGCUUGCAGGGAGAAUUAUCUUUUACAUGCUCUGAGCGAGGUGUUCGGGAAAGAGGUCUUGGACUAUUGCAUGGUGUUAUUUAUGAAUGAGGUUAGGCUCAGCGAUCCAAAUAAUAACUCCUGCGUGAAGCUGUGUAAAGGCAGAUAUCAAGUUUUAAAGAACACCGACGAAAGCGUUUAUCGGUUAUUUGAAAAAACGAGAGAAAUGACAGGGCAGAAAAAGAGCAUUUUUUUCUCUAAUCAUUUGGAGUGUUUCAGAAAAGCUGAAAAACAUUUUGAGGCCGAGAAUGAGAUAAAACAGGCGAAAUUAAGACGAGAACUUUUAGAGCAUAAAGAAAGCGUCGAGAACGUAAAAACGGAAACGAGGCAACUGAAAGAAGCGAUUAGAAAGGAAGCGAAGGAAAUAAAUGAGAGGAUCGAAGAGGAGCUGAAGAAACUGGCCACGGGCCGAGAGAAUGAGCUGGAUGCUCUCAAAAGAAAAGAAAAUCAGAUGAAGGACUUCCAGGAGCUAAAAGAAGAGCUGAGAGUUUAUGAAAACAGAGAGAAAGAGUUAAGAAAUGAGACUGAUGCUUUAAAAAAGAGUGAAAAAGAGAUGAAGGAGGAGAACCAGAAGCUAAAAGAAGAGCUGAGCAUUUACAAAAACAGAGAGAAAGAGUUAAAAAAUGAGACUGAUGCUUUAAAAAGAGUGAAAAACACAUAAAUAAGAAAUGCUGGAAGCUACAGGAAGAGCUGACCUUUUACAGAAACAGAGAGAAAGAGUUAGAAAAUGAGACUGAUGCUUUAGAAAAGAGUGAAAAAGAGAUGAAGGAGGAGAACCAGAAGCUAAAAGAAGAGCUGAGCGUUUACAAAAACAGGGAGAAUUUGUUAAAUGCGAUAGACGCUUUAAAAAGAGUGAAAAAGAGAUGAAUAAGAAAUGCCGGAAGCUACAGGAAGAGCUGACCUUUUACAGAAACAGAGAGAAAGAGUUAAGAAAUGAGACUGAUGCUUUAAAAAAGAGUGAAAAAGAGAUGAAGGAGGAGAACCAGAAGCUAAAAGAAGAGCUGAGCGUUUACAAAAACAGGGAGAAUUUGUUAAGCAAUGCGAUAGACGCUUUAAAAAAGAGUGAAAAAGAGAUGAAUAAGAAAUGCCGGAAGCUACAGGAAGAACUGACCUUUUACAAAGACAGAGAGAAUCAGCUAGACACUGAGUCGGAUGUUCUCCAAACAAAGUGAACACCAGACAGCGGACGACUGCCAGAAGCUAAAGGAAGAGCUGAUCAUCUACAAAAACAGAGAGAGACGCUUAAAACAGGACAAAGCAGAAGGUGAAGAAGUAUUCUCGUAUGCUGAUUAUAUAAUGGCAGUACAAUCCAAAAGAAAACAUUUUUUUUUACAAGUUUGAGAGCUUUGUCACCAUAGAAAACAGUUAAAAGAAAAACGGCUUAAUGCAUUAAGACAUAAAACUGAUAUAAUAAAUGAUAUAAAAAAGCAAUGGAGUUGUAUUAUGUAUUAUGUUACAUAACUUUCUCAUAUUUUCUUUUCUUCUCUUGCAAAACCGUUCAUUUACAUUGUAUUUUGUUCUCUCUGGAUUUUUCAUUUCAUGUUGCUAUAACGACAUUAACGGCACUAAUUACAUAAAACUACCAUCGGUGCAUUUUAUAGUUAAAUUGAGUUUUUGUGUGCAUUUAUUUCUAUUCGGAAAUAUGGAAAUUGAUUUUUAAAUGAAUUUUUUUCAAAUAGGCCUAUAUACGGUUUACUAAGGCUUUCUCCAAUGGACAGCUUUUAGCCUCAGGUUCUGUUCUCACAUACGUUUUGAUAAUAAAUUAAACUGCAUUAAUAUUUGCAUAAAUAUAUACUGGAAUAUAAGAACUGAUUUCAACUCUGUUUUCCAUCUGUUCAUCUAUAAAGUGCCCCAAAAAUGACAAAAAGGCACCAUAAAAAAAAAAGUCUGUAUGAUUCAUCUCUUGAAGUCUUCAGAGGUCAUACAGUCUAUAAUAACUAUAAUUCUUAAUAAUAAUAAUUAAUAAGCAUUAAUAAUCAAUGCACUAAAAUAAUAAUUCUUUAGUGCAUUGAUUGAUUCUUCAUAGUGCUUAAAAUGUUCUUUACGGAACAAGAGGUUCUUUGGGGAACCAAAUAAAGAAUGCAUGGCACUUUGUUUGAGGACCGGACCUGCAUGUAAAGGCAAUAAACAUGCGGAAUAUAUUAUUAAUAUACAAACCUUGAGUAAAUGUUAAUAUACUAUGAUGAAAACAAUAACAAUGGAGUUUUAAUUAUGACAAUUGCACAGUCGCACCACCACCAGAAAGAUAAAGAUACAGAAGAACAGCAUCGCUGGGUUUUUUUUCUCCGGCUGACAAACAAUAAAAACACUGACAGCCAAUCAGAAUCCAGAAUCAAUCAGAUAAUGGAGGCAUGGGAGGAAGAGGAAUAUUUCAUCUGCUAUAUGAAUAUGAACUUGCCUGUUAUAAACAGGGCCUAAACAGGGCCGUCCAGAGUCACAGGACUCCCGCACAGAGACAGGUGAACAUAUAAAACCAGUCUUCUGUAUAGCUCUGAAAACGAAAGCUUAAUUUACUUGAAAACAAAAGCGAUGAAACGGAGGCACAUCAUUCCCGGAAAACAUG